UGCGAAUUAGAAUAUGCGGAUCAGUUAUCAGUUAGUGGAUAGACCAAAAAGAAUACGUAUCGAUCGAUUGAUUUUUUAUCGAAAUGAAGUUUAUGAUUUUCGCAUUUUUAAGCAUUUUGUGUGUACAGGAGUACGUUGAUGCCUCCGAAAGUAUAGUACCAUAUGAUCCAAAUUCAAAUCAAACAAGUCAUUGCUAUAGUACAGUAGGCGAUAUUGGAGCAAUGAAAGAAGGAGAAGAAAAAAGAUUAGCACACGUAUGUGCGCUGGCAAAUUGUAAGCCCUCAAGAGAUAUCAUCAUUGAAGGAUGUGGAGCAGCUGUUGUACAACCACCUUGCAGAAUCGGAGAAGGCGAUUUGACAAAACCCUAUCCAGAUUGCUGUUUUGAAAUUAUAUGUCCAUAGUGAUUGAAUACAUGAAUAAUUCGAUUUGACUCAGUAGUAAAAUUUUAUCCAACC